AUGACUCGAUUCAUGGGCUGCUGGUACAAGGACAGAGUAGUCUCCGGUAUGAAGGUACUGGAGGAUAUGGCCGAAAAUAUCCUCAACGUCGUCGUCAAUGGCGUAGAUAAAACCGGGCGAGUUUCUGUACCCAAACCGGAGGCGUUCGAUUAUCCCGCUGGGCGCAAAGAAUUUUUUCCCAUUUGGGCCAACCUCUAUGGAUGCGAGGGGGGAAACAAAAUGACUAGAAUGUCAGACAACGCUUCAAUGAAAAGAAAUGGGCACACACUCUGGCCGUAA